AUGGCCAAGGAGGAGACAGGAAUAUUCCAGACCAUGAGGAGGUGGUCAGGGCGCCUGCCCCGGAUUAGCCUGUCUCUGUUGCAGCUUCUCAUCAGUCUGAUCUUCUUCCUGGUCCUCAUCGUCAUCCUGGUCCGCGAAGAGACCUACGGAAACUUGAACUUUGCUGAGAAUGAGGUUCCACAGGCCCAAAGCGCGAGGAGGUGUUCAGGGCGCCUGCCCCGGGUCAGCAUCGAGCUCCUGCAGCUUCUCACCUCUCUGGGCCUCCUCGUGCUAUUCGUGAUCAUCCUGGUUCAGCCUACUCAGAAGCAGAUCCAGGAGGAACUGGGCAUGAUCAGCCACCGGCUUGCUCGGAUGAACGUCACUCUGGAGAGGCUCUGCCGGCAGUGCCCCUGGGACUGGGAGCUCUUCCAGGGAAGCUGCUACUGGUUCUCCAGGUCCCAGAGCGAUUGGAUGUCUACAGACUCCGCCUGUCAGCGCAUGAACGCCCGGCUGGUGGUGGUCAACAGUGUCUCAGAGGAGAAAUUCCUCCAGUCGUGGAUGAUCCGGCAUGAGAAAAGAACUUGGAUUGGCCUCAGCGACCACCAUGAUGAGGCGUCCUGGCGAUGGGUGGACGGGACCCCCUUCCAACUCAGCUUCUGGAAACCAGGAGAACCCAACAACGAUGGCGAUGAGGACUGUGUGGAAUUGUACAAUGGUGGCUGGAACGACGAUCAGUGUUAUAUAGAGAAGGCAUGGAUCUGUGAGAAGCCCAUGGUGUCCUGCACCAUUGUGUGA